CGCCCUCCCCUCAGGCGGCCAUGGCGGCGGCGCCGCUCCCGGUGCCCGAGCCGGUGGCGGGGGGCCCGGCCGAGCCCAACCCCUUCUCCUUCCGCGAGUUCGUCCGCUCCAAGUCCCGCGGCGGUGACGGGGUGGGCGGUGACACGCAGGCGGCUUGGCCCGGGCCCGUGGUGCCCCCGCUUCCCGCAGUGCCCGCAGAGUCGGGGGAUGAGGAGGACGAGGAGGAGGAAUGGAGCGAGAGCUACCAGCCGCUGGCCGUGGAACAGGCCCACCUCGGAUCCCCCCCGGGGCCGGACCGUGUUCCCCUCCCGCAGCCGAGCUACGAGCAGCUAAAAGAAGAAAACACUAUUUUGAGAAGCAAGAUCAAUAAGCUUCAGAUUCUGUCUGAMACUCAAGCAGACAAGAUGAGGAAGCUUGAGAAGAAGCUUGAGGAAAACAAAAUCAAAGAAGAGAAAGAAGCGCAGGAUUUGGAAGCAAUGGUGCAGCACGUGGAGCAGAAUCUCCAGCUGAUGACUAAACGGGCUGUCAAAGCUGAGAACAGCGCUGUCAAACUGAGACAGGAAAAUGCACUGCUCCAGGCUGAGCUGAGGAAUUCCAAGCUGGAGAACGAAGCGCUGCGGGCGGGCCAGGCGGGAUUGGCCGCAGCAAAGCAGAACGCAGAGGUGGCUCUGCAGCACCUGCUCCAGGUCACAACCAGCUCCCGAGCAUCCAUCAGGCAGCUGCUCUCUGGAGCGGAAUCCCUGCAGCUCGUUGCUGAUCUCCUGAAAUCCAUAGACAGAAUCUCUGAGGUGUCAGAGGAUGGACAGUGAGUGACUCACGCAACAUGAAGGACUUUGUUUUCAUCUGGAAAACAUUACUAAAAAGUGAAUUUUUGAUACUUGGCCUCUUUUCAACGUGCCAAACUGCAGACCUGGCUUCUCCAUCCCUUCCUGCAGUGCAGCCAUAGCCAAUGGACCACUAAAUCCGGAUGGACACCACAUUCCUAUUCCUGCUGUGCUGGGACCAUGGCCCCUUCUCCCCUCAUACCCWGCAAUCCGCCCAGAUUUCAUCUGGGACCCUGUGAGCAUCCCCGGUUUUGGCUGGGGCUCCCCUUGCCGUUUGUGCUCUUGCUGUGAAAGGGGAAAGGACUGUGGGUCGAUCGGCGGUGGCGGUGCCAUUAAAAACCGCUGUGCCGUUGUCCUGGUGUUGCGG